CGGCUGCAAAUCGGACAGUGUGAGCGCGGAGAUGCCGGGCAUGAUGGAUAAAGGCUCGGAGUAUUUGGGCAAGGGUCGGUCCAACGGCACCAAGAGUCCGUCCAACGCCUCGAACGGACAUUUCUCUGACGAGAGCGGCAGCGACGACGAACACGAUGUCGGGAUGCGGGUCGGAGCCGACUACCAGGCCAACAUCCCGGAGUUCGAGCCCGGUUCCACGAAGUACUCGGACAAAGACAGUGGAGGGAUGCUGGUCUGGUCUCCGUAUCACACCAUCGUCGACUCCAAACUGGACGAAUACAUCGCCAUCGCCAAGGAGAAACACGGAUACAACGUGGAGCAGGCGCUCGGCAUGCUCUUCUGGCACAAACACAACAUUGAGAAGUCUCUGGCUGACCUGCCGAACUUCACCCCGUUUCCAGACGAGUGGACGGUGGAGGACAAAGUUCUGUUUGAGCAGGCCUUCAGCUUCCACGGCAAGAGCUUCCACCGCAUCCAGCAGAUGGUAAAUGUGCCGGAUAAAUCCAUCUCCAGUCUGGUGAAAUAUUACUACUCAUGGAAGAAGACUCGCUCCAGAACGAGUCUGAUGGACCGACAGGCUCGAAAACUGGCCAACAGGAGCAACCAGGACGACAGUGAUGAGGAGAUGGAGGAAGCCAAUCCCAUCGAAGCCAACGACAGCGACUAUGACCCGAACAAGGAAACCAAGAAAGAGAACCAGGUGGAGCCGGUGGUGCCGGGCUCUAAGGUGGCUUUGGGUCGGCGGGAGCACCAGACCCUGCAACACCGACACCACCAGCGCUCUCGCUGCCGACCCCCCAAAGGCAUGUACCUGACCCAGGAGGACGUGGUGGCCGUGUCCUGCAGCGCCUCUGCCGCAAACACCCUCCUCCGUCAGCUGGACAUGGAGCUGGUGUCCCUGAAGAGACAGGUGCAGAACGCCAAACAGAUGAACAGCGGACUGAAACACAUGCUGGACUCUGGGAUCGAAGAGUUCAGGCUGCCCGAGUCUAACCAGAAGGUGAACGCCCGCUGGACCACAGACGAGCAGCUCCUGGCUGUUCAAGGCGUCAGAAAAUACGGAAAAGACUUCCAGGCCAUCGCUGACGUCAUUGGUAACAAGACGGUGGGCCAGGUGAAGAACUUCUUCGUGAACUACCGGCGGCGGUUCAACCUGGACGAGGUGCUGCAGGAGUGGGAGGCCGAACAGGGAACACAAGCUCCCAAUGGAGACAGCGCCACCUCUGGAGAGGAGGGGAAGAACAGCUCCACCACACCAUCGGGGAAGAGUACCGACGAAGAGGAUGAAGAGGGUCAGGUGACCUCCUCAGGUGCGUCUCCUGCUGCCUCCUCGUCUUCUUCAGCUCAGAUUCCAGUGACCUCCAGCGCCUCCUCCUCUUCCUCCUCCCUCCACCAGCCUCCUCCCCUCCUGCGGCCAUCCCUCCCGGCCACGCCCUCCCUGCACCGCCAGCCCCCGCCCCUCCAACAACAGGCCCGGUUCCUGCAGCCCCGCCCCACCCUGCAGCAGCCUCCGCCUCUCAUCCGCCCCUCCAACCCCCUGCCACCACGCCUCAACCCACGCCCGCCCGCUCCCAUGACCCUCUGCGGCAACCCCGGGGGAUCGGGUCCAAGCUCCGCCCAGCAGCCCACCGGCCUGGCUAUCCACCAAUCAGAGACGGCCUCAUCGUCAACCCUCCACUAACCAGAGUCAGAGGUCUCAGAUCGUCUGCUGCGUUCAGGUCCUGUGGGAAAAUCUGAGUGACUAGAACACAAAACAAAGUGUGAGUUUUUAUUUGAACUGUAGGAGCUGAAGUCCAUGUUUCCCACGGGACUCCACCUGCAGCGUACCUGCUGGUUGAUGCUGGUUCUUUGUUAGAGCAGAGCAGCAGAGUGGCGUCCCACAGGGUUCAACCCUGGGUCCCUUCCUGUUCCUGUCAGAACUCAGCACUGUCAAACGUCUCGGUAGAUGUGUAAAGCUGGAUGUUGCAUUUUUUAAAUAACAGCUAAAUGACCUGAAUCAGUGUCGGUUCUUAACAUUUUACAUUUACUGUCGUCUUUAACCUCCGCCUCGCCACAUGUACUGAUGAAAUACCACCCUGCUCCCCCGACGAUGAAUAUGUACGACUAUAAUGACCACAUGACCUUCCUGUAGCGCCACCGUCAGGACACACUUUUAGUUUUCGGGUCUAAUAGUUCUUCAGGACGUGGUUUGUGUCGUGGCUGAACACUGCUGCCUGCUGGAUCGUCUCAUUGUUUGUCUCUCAUGUUCAGCACUUCCUGACGGAGCUCCCACUCUGUGUGAUUUCACCCAGCAUGGCGUGGUAAAGAACAGUCUGUGCUGUGUCUCAGUCCUCGUACUUCCAGACUUACACUCCUGAUGUUGAGUCCAUAAGUCAGUGGACGCUGAAGAGGAGGGACCACCGGAGAAGAAGAGGCGGAGGUGCAUACCUCAAUAUACCAAUGUAAGCUGUGCGUAUGAUUUAUAUUUAUAUUCUGGAGCUAACAUAGGUACAAUUCACAACACUACCUGCUGAAGUACACAGAGUACUGCGUAGAAGAGUACUCAGAAGUAUGUGGACUGAGACGCAGCUCCUCUGUUUGUGCCAGGUUGAACUGAAGGCCUCGUCGUGUACAGUAGCAUUAGCAUUGUGUACAGUUUGUAUCUAUCUGACUCCUUUGUAACCGAUCAGCCGUCAUCACCUGUUUCACAGGUUAACACUAAAGGUUCACUCGUCCGUCCUUCAGCCUCCGUCAGCAGACCCCGUCAUCGCCGCCCGGCUGGACUCCACUCUGUCUUUUCAUUAUUUAUUGUCCUUCCUGGUGCUACCGCUCUGGACUUGGUGUGAAACUCGUUGUGAAAGUGCUCUUAACGAACCUGUGUCACUGCAUUAAACGUAACUGGAACCAUGGAGCCGUGGGCGGAGUCCUCUGUGUGAGGUGUUGCUGUAAAGGUGGAGCUGCUCCGACGUCUCAUUAAAAACGACGUUUGUACCAUCACA